AUGCGUCCAGCGGCGAAGCCUCCGAGGAGGGCGUAUCUUCCGUUCCUCCUCUUGCUCGCUCUAAUGGCCGGCGGAGGCUCCGCGGUAGACGAGCAAGGCGAGGCGCUUCUGUCGUGGAAGCGCAGCUUGAAUGGGUCCCUCUUGGCGCUCUCGGACUGGAACUCCGGUGACCGGACGCCGUGCCGGUGGUUCGGCAUCACCUGCGACGGCGCCGGCGGAGUCGUGGAGCUCAACUUGAAGUACAUCGACCUGCUCGGCCAUCUCCCCUCCGAUCUCCAUCCCCUCAAGUUCCUCCGCAGGCUCGUCCUCUCCGGCACGAACCUCUCUGGCACCAUUCCCCCUCAGCUCGGCGACCUGCCGGAGCUCACCGUCCUCGACCUCAGCGAAAAUGCCCUCACCGGCGAGAUCCCCGCCGAGCUAUGCCGCCCUUCGAGCAAGCUCGAAGAUCUGCUGUUCAACUCCAACCUCCUCGAGGGCUCCAUCCCCGCCGCCAUCGGCAACCUCUCCGCCCUCCGGCGACUGAUCCUCUUCGACAACCAGCUCGACGGGGAGAUACCGCCGUCCGUCGGCCAACUGGGGAAGCUCGAGGUGUUCCGUGCCGGUGGCAACAGGAACCUCCACGGCCCGUUGCCGCCGGCGAUGGGCAACUGCUCGAGUCUGCGGAUGAUCGGGCUGGCGGAGACGAGCAUCUCCGGGUUCCUUCCGCCGGCGCUGGGGCGGCUCAAGAGGCUUCAGACGCUCGCCGUGUACACGGCGCUGCUCUCCGGCGAGAUUCCGCCGGAAUUGGGGGACUGCGAGGAGCUUGAGAACAUCUAUCUCUACGAGAACAGCCUCUCGGGUUCCAUUCCUCCCCAGCUGGGCAACCUCAAAAGGCUCAGGAAUCUUCUCCUCUGGAAGAACAAUCUGGUAGGGUUCAUCCCGCCGGAGCUCGGCAGGUGCUCGGAGCUUACAGUGGUUGACCUCUCCAUGAACACGCUCAGCGGCGUCGUCCCCGCCACCUUCGGCAACCUGACGGCGCUCCAGCAGCUGCAGCUCAGCAUGAACCAGAUCUCCGGGCCCAUCCCCGCACAGCUCGCAGACUGCGGAAACCUCACAGACAUUGAGCUCGACAACAAUGCCAUCACCGGGACGAUACCGGCGGAGCUGGGACGGCUGAGGGGCCUCCGCUUGCUGUUCCUCUGGCAGAACAAGCUCGAGGGGAGCAUCCCACCGGAGAUUGAGUCUUGCCGGGAGCUGGAGGCGCUCGAUCUCUCUCAGAACGGGUUAACUGGGUCGAUCCCAAGGGGGAUCUUCCGCCUCCCCCGUCUCAACAAGCUGCUACUCCUGUCGAACAAUCUCUCCGGGGAAAUCCCGGCGGACAUCGGCUACUGCUCGUCUCUGCUCCGAUUUCGCGCAAAUGGCAAUCGAAUCGUCGGGAAGAUACCCCCAGAGAUGGGCCUCCUGAAGAGGUUGACUUUCCUCGACCUGGGGGACAACCGGCUCGACGGAGCUCUGCCUGCGGAGAUCGCGGGCUGCCGGAAUCUGACCUUCCUCAACCUGCGUUCCAACCGAUUAUCCGGUGGCCUGCCGGAGGCAUUCUUCGCCGGCCUUGCGUCGCUACAGUUGCUCGACCUCUCCCGCAACUCCCUGAGCGGGGAAUUAGGCCCCGGCAUCGGUAAAUUAACCUCGCUCACGAAGCUGAUCCUCGCAGGGAACAAGUUUUCGGGAAGGAUCCCGCAGGAGAUCGGUUCCUGCACCAGGUUGCAGGUGGUCGACCUCAGCGCGAACGUCUUCUCCGGCGAGAUACCGGAGGCCAUUGGAAAGAUUCCGGCACUUGAGAUCGCCCUGAACCUCAGCUGGAACGAUCUCUCCGGUCAUAUCCCGGCUGAGUUUUCGGAGCUCGUCCGCCUUGCGGUGAUGGACCUCUCCCAUAAUCGCCUCUCCGGCGAUCUCCACUCCCUCGCAGAGCUGCAGAACCUCGUCGCCUUGAACGUCUCCUACAACAACCUCUCCGGGAGCCUCCCCUCCGCCGCCUUCUUCUCCGAGCUGCCCAUCAGCGACCUGGAGGGCAACCCUGCGCUCAGCCUCUCCCGCGCCGCCUCCACACUCAACGGCGAUGGGGACUCUCACCUCGCCGCUCGGCGGGCGGCGCGGGUCGCCACCGCCAUCCUUCUCUCGGCCGCCUGCAUCCUGCUCGCCGCAGCAGCGUUGGCGUUCCUCGAAAGGCGCCGGCGACGGGGUGGCACGGCGGUGGAGGACGGCGACCUGGAGAUGAGUCCUCCAUGGGAGGUGACGCUGUUCCAGAAGAUGGACGUCUCCAUGGCCGACGUGGUGCGGUGGCUCACGCCGGCGAACGAGAUCGGGACGGGCUGGUCGGGGAGCGUCUACAGGGUGCCGAUACCACCGUCGGCGGAGCCGGUCGCCGUGAAGAUGUUCCGCACCUGCGACGACCUCUCGACGGCGGCGUUCGCCGGCGAGAUCGCCACGCUGGGACGCGUGCGGCACCGGAACAUCGUCCGCCUCCUCGGCUGGGCCACCAACCGCAAGACACGCCUACUAAUCUACGACUACCUCCCCAACGGGAGCCUGGGGGCGCUGCUGCACGGGGCGGCGCCGCCGCCGGAGUGGGGGAUGCGGCUGGACAUCGCUGUCGGGGUGGCGGAGGGUCUCGCCUACCUCCACCACGACUGCGUCCCGGGGAUUCUCCACCGCGAUGUCAAAGCUGACAACGUCCUCCUCGGGGAAUUCUACGAGCCGUGUCUCGCCGAUUUCGGCCUCUCCAGCUUCGUCGAUGGCGAGGGAGGCGGCAGCGCCACCGAGGCGCCGCCGCCCUUCGCCGGCUCCUACGGCUAUAUCGCCCCAGGUGCGCCCCCGCCCUCCUCCUUCUCCUUUCUCAGCGCCGGCGACUGAAACUUCUCCCCCGCCUCCGCAGAAUACGGGUGCCUGAGGAAGGUCACCCGGAAGAGCGACGUCUACAGCUACGGAGUGGUGCUGCUGGAGAUCAUCACCGGGAGGAGGGCUGCGGGGGACCCGGAGUUCGGCGAAGGACAGGGAGUGGUGGCGUGGGUCAAGGAGCAUCUGCGGUGGAAGCGGAGCUUGGCGGAGGUCAUCGACCGAAGGUUGCAGGGGCGGGAGGACUCUCAGGUGCAGGAGAUGUUGCAGGCUCUCGGCAUAGCGCUGCUCUGCUCCAGCUACCGUGCCGAGGACCGCCCCACCAUGAAGGACGUGGCCGCGCUGCUGAGGGGCAUCCAGCAGGACUCCGCCGCCGCCGCUGCCGCUGCCGCCGGCGGCGGCGCGCAGAAGGCAGCGGCGCUCGGAAGUCCCAAGGAGGCAGACCAGCCGAGCCCCCCCGCCGCGGAAAGCGGGGUACCUUUGACUUGCCUUAAGUUCGGCUAG